UUUUAUUCUGUUGAUGUUGUUUACACAUAUGGUGUUACACAUCAAGUUCAAUUAUAACUUUUAAUAAUCCUAUGAUUUUAAUGUAAAUGUUAUUGUACUAUAUUAUUGUAUUAUUUGUUUUAAAUUAUACUAGAGUUAUUUCUUCUAUUCCAACUUCUGAUUCAUUGAAAAAGCCAUUUUAUGAGAUUCAACUACAUAAAUCCGAGGAUUCAGAUGAACAUUAUUAUAAAAUUCUCAAUGCUGAGAGAUCUUCUCAGUAUUCAACAAAGUUUUAUGACUUAAAAAACGUAUUAUCUAGCACAAUUUCACUCAAGGCUGAUUACACAUCAAGGUUAUGGGCUACAUAUUAUGGCAAUAUAAUACUUGGCUCUAACAAUAAUGAAAACAAUUCUUUCAAGGUUUUGUUCGAUACAGGCUCUUCUGAGUUCUGGGUCCCUUAUGAAAUGUGUUUAUCUCAGCAGUGUUUAAAUCGUAAAAGGUACCAUAAAGGGUCUGAAUGGAUAGCCAAACACGACAAACAUGGGAACUAUGUUCCUUUAGAAAUUAAGUAUUUAUCUGGCCAAAUUGAUGCCAUUGAUGGAACAGCUACAGUUAAUCUUCUCAACGGCAUUACUUUAAAGGAUGUUAAUGUCGGACUUGCCACUAAUAUUAAUAUACCAUUUUUGGAUAAUGCACACUGGGAUGGGAUUGUUGGUUUGGGUUUCAAAACUAAAGAUAUGGAAUCACGAGGUUCAAGACCUCUUUUUGAGUCAAUUAUGUACAAUAAAUCGCUAUAUCCAAAUUUCAGAAAUCAAGUCGCUUAUUAUGUAACAAAAAAUGGUGGAAACAUAUCAUUUGGUGGAAUUAAUCCAAAUUAUAAACGAUCGCUUGAUGACGAAUUCUUAUGGGCUCCAGUUGUAAAGGACUCCAUUUACUGGACUCUAAAGUUGAAAAAUAUCAAAAUUAAGAAUAAUAACAUUAACCAUAAAUCAAAUUCAUUGGCUAAACAAUAUGAAUUUACAAACCUAAUGAGUAAAAUAGAUGAUGUGAAGGUAAUAAUGGAUACAGGAUCAUUCCUGAUUUAUGCACCACAGAGCAUGGGACCGCUACUUAGCAGAUUACAGGUUUCCUCAUGUGAGGAAAUGAAGCAUAAACCAAAUCUAAUUUUCGUACUUGAAGGAAAUAAAGGAUCAGAUGUAAAUUUGGAAUUAAGACCUGAAGAUUACACCAUCAUCUAUGAAGGAUCUGACGGUGAAAAGCAUUGCUCACUUGGCAUUGUACCGGACAAUCAACAGGAGGAAUUGGGGUUUAGCGCUUGGACUUUUGGAGAGUUGUUCAUGAGAGCCUAUUACACUGUGUAUGAUUAUGAAUCCAGAGAAGUAGGUUUUGCACCAAGCAAGAAAUCAGACUAGAAACACAUGAAAAAUUAGAUGAAUAAUUUCUAAACUAAUAUCUAAAAUU